AUGAAAACUCCAAGAAAAAUCCAAAGUUUUGGUAUUUGUGUUACUUGUACAUCUGCUAUAGCAUCCUGCAUGGUGUUCAGUAUUCUAGCUUCUUGCUGCUCAUCUCUGAACAUACGAGCUCGUCCACUCAUUUCUAAUUCACCUUUCCUUUCUAUCUGGAAUGCUCCUACAGAACUGUGUACUGAAAGGACUGGAGUGCAGCUAGAUAUGAAUUUUUUUUCUCUUACUGGAAGCACAUUGAAGACAUCCGUCGGACAAAACAUCACUCUAUUCUAUCCAGACAGGCUUGGUUACUAUCCUUACAAAAAUGAAAUCACAGGAGAAACAGUCAAUGGAGGACUCCCCCAACUCUCCAUGCUGGAGACUCAUUUAAAAAAAGCCAAAGAGGACAUUCAGUUUUAUAUUCCUUCAGAUGAACAGUUUGGACUGGCUGUCAUUGACUGGGAAAACUGGAGACCUGUGUGGAUAAGGAACUGGGGAUCAAAAGACAUUUAUAGACAGGAAUCCAUUGAACUGGUUCAGCAGAGAGACCUAAGUCUAUCAGAAGUCGAAGCCAGGAGUAUAGCUAAAAUGGAAUUUGAAGCUGCAGCAAAAUCAAUUAUGUUAGAAUCUUUGAAGCUGGGCAUAGCAACGAAGCCAAAUCGUCUGUGGGGAUAUUACCUUUAUCCAGACUGUUAUAACUAUGAUUACAAACAAAAUCCACACAAUUAUACAGGAGCCUGUUUAGAUAUUGAAAUAGCAAGAAAUAAUGAGCUUAAUUGGUUGUGGGAGAAAAGCACUGCACUUUAUCCAUCUGUCUAUCUAGAGACAGCCCUAAGAUCCUCCAGAAAUGCGCAAGUCUUUGUUCGCAACAGAGUUCAAGAAGCCAUUAGAAUUUCAUAUGUCUCUAAUUCUACUCAUCCUCUUCCAGUUUUUGUAUAUACACGUCCAGUAUUCACAGAUGUCUGUGAGGAAUAUCUCUCUCAGGAUGACCUGGUAAAUACCAUUGGAGAAUCUGCUGCUCUAGGUGCUUCUGGAAUUGUGAUCUGGGGUGAUAUGAAUUUAACACAAAAUAAGAACACCUGUAGGACUCUGGACAACUACCUUCGGAGGACGUUGACUCCUUACCUCAUCAAUGUGACAAUGGCAGCCAGAAUCUGCAGCCGAGUGUUGUGCCAAGACUCUGGUGCUUGUGUACGGAAAAAAUGGAAUUCCAGUGACUACCUUCACUUGAACCCAGAGAAUAUUGUCAUUCGAAUGACAAAAGAUGGAAAAUACACUCUACAAGGGCAACCAGCAUUUCAGGAUCUGCAAAUGUUUAUAGAAAAAUUUGAUUGCCACUGUUAUGCAGGGUACAGUUGCAAACCUAGAGCUGAUAUAAAUGACAUCCAUUACCUCCAUGCUUGUGUUACAGAAGAUAUUUGCAUUCACAUAUCCUCAAAUUCACUUUCUAAUAUAGGACCUUCUAGAGAAAAGACCCCACCUAACAGAACUGUUCUUUCAUCUGCCUCUCUGAGUAAGGUUACGUUAUCUACACAACACGAAAUAAAAGAUUUCCAAUCUACUAUUGGAAAUAAUAUACUCAGUAUAACAACUACACAAUGUAACAAUAUCACAGCUACCUCUAGUUACGAUUUAGAAGCAAAUGAUACUCGUACUUUCAGUAGUUCUUCAUCAGAUAAGAUGUUUAAUUUGUUUUAUUUAAUUCUAAUUUUGAGCACCUUAAUAUAA